AAGGAAGAAAAAAAAUAAUGUUAUCUUUAAAAUAGAAUUUUAAAUAAUCGUUGAAUAAUAAUAAUUAGUGAACGUAAACGAAUAAAUAUAACAGAUUAUAUUAAUAUAUACGUAUAUAAAUUAAAUCAGUGUACAAAAUAAAAGUUAUGCAUGCUAAUAGGUAAAAGUCUGGUAUCGGUGAUUACUCCUAGAAACGAAAAAGAAAAAAAAGUAUCCAUACACAACAGAAGCAAGCAAACAAAGAACGUAAAAACAUGAAUUUGAGUAAACAGUUUUGAGAAAACUUUUUUGAGCUGCAAAAAUGUUCAGUUCCUUGAGACUGGCAAGUAUGCGCUCGCACAAGAGUCGAGCGAGACCAGGAAGUGUAGCUACUUCGGCGAGCUCUGAUUCCGCCCGACCAGAUGAAAUUUGCCAGCAGCAAUUUUAUCCAAAUAAUUUUUUGGCUCUAGACGAGGGAGAGGGAUCCAGUCCUUCUAGCGUUUCCUCAAAGGUAGCUCAGGUCAGAGUCGAAAGGGAGGGAGGAAGCCUCGGCGUUACACUUAGAGGUGGAGUCGCCAGAGCCCUAGUUGUGACCGGAGUUAGAGCAGACGGCCCUGCAGCUAGAGAGGGACGAGUCAGACCCGGCGAUCGACUGCUGGCAGUCGACGAGACUGAACUGCGAGGCCUCACAUUGGCAGAGGCGCAAAGAGCUCUCAGAAGAAGCUCCGAUGCUCUCGUAGCUUCCCUGACCAUCGAGUAUGAUGUUGCAAAUAUGGAAGAGGCUCGUGCAGCUACGUCGGGGCCACUUUUGGUUCAAUUAGAGCGUGGAUUUUCAGGAGAACUAGGACUGACUGUCAGAGAGACACCGAACGGAGUUUGCAUCGAGAGUCUUCGACCAGCCAGUACUGCCGAUAGAUGCGGAGCGCUUCAGCCAGGUGAUCGGCUCUUGGCAGUGGAUGAAAUGCCUGUACAAGACGCGGUGACUGCGGCAAAGUUACUCCGCAAUGUUUCGGACAAUUGUCGGAUAGCUAGAUUGCAAAUUUUACCCAGACCUCCGAGUGCCUCGUCCAGGACAGUUAAAAGGAGGGCUCAACCCCAGGCUCAGCAAAAUUCUACGCAAACAUUGUACACUAAGGAAAGUCUGACUGUGGUCCUGAGACCCGAUCACAGAGGUCUUGGCUUAUCAUUGAGGCCCUCGGAGGACCGUUUAUCGUAUGUAAUCGACCUGCUGGAAGCUGGUGGCCCAGCUGAGAGAAGCGGGGUUCUCCUUCCUGGGGACAAGGUUCUCGCCAUUAAUAGAAGAAUGCUGAGAGAUUUACAACCAGCAGAAGUUGCAGCGCUCUUAGAAGCCUCUCAAGUGGAGUUGGUGACAGAGUACAAAGUUGGAGGGGCGGUAGUCCCCAGCUCUGGUGUGUUCACAGUAAGGGUAGCGAGACCGCUCGGUGGGCAACCUGACCUAGGGCUGACGGUAAAUGAAGAUUUAGCCAUCGCUGAAGUUCGUCGAGGCUCUUUAGCACACCGAACUGGAAGUCUGGCACCUGGAGAUCGACUGUUGGCUAUCGAUGGUCAGAAACUGAAUUCGGGAGAUCUUCGGCAAGCUGCUCAACUCCUACAUAGGCCUGGGAGCUCGGUUGUAGCUCUUACAAUAAGAAAGCCAGAUAUGGUCACGGAUGCAAGGGAAUCGAAUACAGGAAACGAUACUAUGCAGCCACAGUAUUCGGGAGGCAAUUUAAGAUCUGCUAGGGAGAGUCUUCCGAGUGUAGAUAGUGCUGUAGACUCUUGGGGAGAUGCCGGUGAAGGUGUUGGCCCAGGACCAGAGCUGUUACGACUGUGGGAAACUGCAUCUGUGGAUAGUGGUCAACUCGAUUUAUCCAUGCCUCCGUACCCAGGAUCUCCUGUGCGAAAUGGUACUGACAACAGAUCGCAGCAGAUAGUUCACGUCUCUCUUCACAAGGAUCCCGUCUACGAAGAUUUUGGAUUUUCCGUAUCCGACGGAAUGUAUGAACGAGGUGUCUACAUCAACAGAUUGCGUCCUGGCGGACCUUGUGACGGUGUUUUAAAACCUUUUGAUCGAAUUUUGCGAGUUAAUGAUGCGAGCACCGAAGACUGUGACUGUUGCUUAGCUGUCCCAUUGAUCGCUGCCGCAGGUCCUAGAUUGGAUUUAACAGUAGCUCGGCCUCUGUCGCCACAGAAUAUUACAAAAACUUUAUAGAUAUAAUAUUACUAUCCCGAUUAUUAAUAUUCGUGCAAUUUAACUGAGGGAAAUGAUGGAAGGCAAUUAAUUAUGAACCAAACAAUACUCAUCUAUUUUUGUACGCGUGCGUUUAUUUAUAAAAAAUAUAUAUAUUACAGACUGUUUUGAGCUAAAAUCAACUCCUCUCUUCUGCACUCUCUCCGUCCAUACACACAAGGGUAACAUAUUCUCCCUCUUGUUCUCUCUCUCAUACAACUGUACAUUCUAUUUAAAAAUUGUCCAAUAUCAUUAGUAAACGAAAUCUUGUCUUUCGACAAUUGUCUGUAAACACUUCAUUCGUGUUUUGUCAAAUAUAAUUAUCGUAGAUAAGAUUUGUCCGUUUAAUAUCUUGUGUACCCAGCUUGAUCGCGGUACGUACUUACAACUAAAAAUAAAUAUUUUAUCCCGAAUGUAGUUCUUUUUUUAGGCACAAACUUAUGAGAAUUCUUUUGCACUAUCUAACAACCUAACAAUAGAUAAAGCUGGUGUUUAAUAUUUAAUAAGCAUUUAGCUGGAUAUUCUAUAUUAUAUAUCAAUAGAUGAAAGAAAAGUUACACUGUUAUUUCGAGUACAGUUUUGAUAAGACUGAUGAUGAAAUACUGUUCUUUUUUCUUGUUCACUGUUAAACAUUUAUUUGGCGGGCUUGAAUUUAUUUGUGCCUAGGGAAAGAUUUGAAAAAAUUCUGCAACGUUAAA